AGGGGUGCUCUAACUAGAUCUCAACUUGAAAUUCUCCCUGAAUCAAAGUAUACCGUAUACCUAGCCGGUAGCCGGUAGCCGGUAGCCGGUAGCCUGGUAGGCCAGUUUGUCAACUUGCCCACACUCUUCUCUUCAUCGUCAACGUCGCGAAUCCUCACAAAUCUCAACGGCCACGUCGAUUCAUCUGCAAUUUUUAAUUUAAUUUAUUUUUAAAUUUUCAAGACGCCAUUACAGUACGGAGACAUUUCUCUCCUUCUUCAACAAUGAUGUGUACAGUUUCAGUCUCGGUAGUAUAGAAUAAUAUACUAUGCUAUACUAUUCCUAGUAUGAGCAAUAUGACUAACGAUGAUGAACUCAAGCUCCAUCCAUUUCUCAUCAUCUGAACCCCCGUCAUUCGAUGGCUUUCAUUUUGCUUUCAAUGUACUAAGGACUACGCAGUAUAUGUUUAUAACUUCCUUUUCUCCUUUUAAUGUAAAACUGGUAAUGAUUGUUCCAUACAUUUCUCCAUAGCUGAUCGCUUGUUCGCAGAUGAUCUGCUUGAGAUGAAUUUUGUCUGCUGCUAAAAUUUGAGUUAGGUGAUCUCAGGCGGGAUUGAAAUUUUGUUUUCCUCAGUGGACAUCUAGGUAUAUAGCCGAUUUGACGCCAUCAAGGUAGCAAAUCGAGAAUGUUGACUUGUGUAGCUUGCUCAAAGCAGCUCAACACUGGAUCUCUGCCGGAAGCCGAAGAAGAUGACGGCAUACCGACUCCCAGCACCAGGCAAGCCAUCAAAGCCCUCACUGCCCAGAUCAAGGACAUGGCAGUGAAAGCUUCCGGUGCGUAUAAGCACUGCAAGCCGUGCUCGGGAGGAUCAAGCAACAAUCAGAACCACAGUUACGCUGAUUUGGACUCCGGUCCGGUGUCGGAGAGCUUGCAUUGUGCGUAUAGGAGGGCUGGGAGUUCGAAUUCAACGCGAAUGUUAAGGGGCAAGGAGAUAGGGUUGACAAUUAAAGGAGGAUUUUCGAGUGAUGGAGGUACACCGGCUUCUGUUAGUGGGCGCAGUGAUUCAGUAGUUUUCAUGGAAGAAGACGAGCCUGAGUGGGUUGCUCAGGUGGAGCCCGGAGUACUUAUCACCUUUGUUUCUCUGACUCAAGGUGGGAAUGAUCUAAAGAGAAUUCGGUUCAGUCGUGAGAUGUUUAACAAAUGGGAAGCCCAACAAUGGUGGGCCAAGAAUUAUGAUAAGGUCAUGGAAUUGUACAAUGUCCAGAGGUUCAAUCACCAUGCUGUGCCACUGCCAACUCCACCAAAGUCUGAAGAUGAGGUGAGCAAUCAGUUUGUUAUCAUGAUCUUUAACUCAAAAGUUGAAUCUGAUGAUGCCCCAGUGACCCCUCCUCUGAGCAAGGAACGCCUACCUCGCCACCUACAUCAUCCUAAGGGAGUGGGGGAUUACUCUCCAGCUUCAUUUCAAAGUCAUCCAACGCCAUCUCAUUAUUGCAGCAAUGCUAGUGGUCUGUCUUCAACCCCAGAGCUGUCCAGCACCAGUGCAGCAAAAACUGAGACAUCCUCAAAAGAUGCUUCUGCUCGGAGCAGUUCUUCUAGGGAGAUUGCUCACUCUGGAGAGCUCUCAGUCAGCAAUGCUAGUGACAUGGAAACUGAAUGGAUUGAGGAGGAUGAGCCUGGAGUCUACAUCACAAUCCAAGCUUUACCUGGUGGCACUCGAGAGCUUAGAAGAGUCAGAUUCAGCCGAGAAAGGUUCGGAGAAAUGCAUGCAAGGUUGUGGUGGGAAGAGAACAGAGCUAGGAUCCAACAACAGUAUUUGUAAUAUAGAAUAGGCAAGUUUCCAACUUUUAGUCAUUUUUCAUAGAGAGAAAAAUGUGUAGACUAUGUGAGAAGUUGACCACUCAAUCACCCAAAAUGAGCACCUUCACCUUCAUAUCAUUAAUGAUCCUCCCUUGUGGUAUUCGCCUUUAAUGACUAAUGGUAUUUGGUGUCUCUGUCCUUGGUGUCAUUGAUGAUCCUUUAGUGAUAUUCGUCCAUUAACACUAAGAAUGAUAUUGGUGGCAUAACUUCACCAUAUGUAGUUCAUGACAAAAAGUGUUCGCCAGAUGCAAUGGAUAGUGUAUUUGUUUUAUACUUUCUCAAACAAUAUUUUCUCACCAAUGAAUGUAAUAUCUUGUUUAAGUUACUUUA